AAACAUGUUAGGACACAUGUAUACUUCAUGUCAAGAAAAACGUAUUGGAGCAACGCCCUUCGGUAGCUAGGGAGGGGGAAAAGAAACUAUAUGAAGUAUUCCCAGGUCCGUGCUAUUUCGAGAUGGGAAAGUGUUUGCCUUUGCGAGACUGUGCUGAAACAAGACAAGAGAUGAGACGGAAGAGAAGCAAAAUGAUUUGAGCAAAGAUCACAAGCGGUAAAAUGAAGGCUUGGUAUACUGCCUAUCGUAUAGUCGCUGUCUUGGUACUUUUUGGGAUUUUUUCCACAAAAUGUGUUGAUGCUGCUCCAGUGAUUGAAGUGUUGUCAACAAAUUUAUCGUCAGCAACAACAGCAGCACUUUCCCACACUACUCCCAUGCCAUCAGUGACCCUAAAUACAACAACAAAAACAACAACAAGAAUGGGGAUAGUACAAAAUGCAACUACAGAAACCAUGGCAAGAAACUUUACAUCAACCACAACUCCAAGUCCCCUUCCAACUGUAGCACCUACGAAAUCAACUUCCCCACCCUUUAUACCUAAAGGGUGUAGCCAGAUACUAAAUGGAACAGAGUAUAUUCAAGGUGACAGUCCAUUGGCCUGGUUACCCCCGUCACCCUCAGUUGUCAUCAUUCAAGAAGGGCAAGACAUGAAAUUGGAGUGCAAGUACUGUUUGAUGCACCCUUCCCUCAACCCUUAUGUCCACUGGUACAAGAACGACACCCUGCUGAAUACCUCAUUUGCUGGAGUGGCAAUCUAUGGGGACACCUUCACAAUACUAAAUGGGCAGCACAAGGACCACGAGGGGCUGUAUCGAUGCUCUGUUAGAUUGCCUUCUCUUGGCUACAAUGCCUCAAGGCUGGUAACUUUGAUUAUCACUAAGGAUCAAAACAAAUUGAUAACAUCACUCAAGGCAAAGAAUAUCACCAAGUCCUCAACACUGCUAUCAUGGCAUUUAAAGCCCUCGAAAGCCAUAUUUGAUUAUACAGUAGUCCAGAUUCAUGUACGCCAGGCGAUUUCUGACAAGUGGUCACAUUACAGGAAAUACAUAGAACACAUCUCUGGUUCAACAGUGCUUGAUGAUUUGGAACCUGAGACGCAGUACAUCGCAAAUGUCAGUGCCAUGAAUGGGUCAGGUUAUAGAGAGUCUGUCACCAUAAUGUUUUGGUCUUAUGGCAACAGUACUAUAGUCCCCCACAUCCCUGCUAUCCUGAGACUUAACUAUGCAGAACGCAGAACCCUGGGACUGGUAUUCGGUGUGACAGCCCUUAUAGUCACUGUCCUGUCCAUCUACUGCUUUCUUGCCAACCCUACAUGCACCUGUGUCCAGCUACAAGGGUACAGAGCCCCCGUAGAACAAGAGAAUACUUCAAGCCAGAGGAAAGAUGAACAUGAUCACCACACGGGUGCACCAUGCCCUCGCUGCAACUCUGCCUGCUACAAUAAUGCAUCCUUCAAUGUCAACACUGAGGAGGAACAACUAAUGAAUGUCAUAUGAUAACCCCAACUAGACAAGUGAGCAUCACAAUACACUAUUUCUGCUUUACGUUAGUUUUAUUCAUCCAGAUCAAUGACUAAUUAAGAGUAUUUUACUUCUUGGUGUAUCUUUCAUUGCUAUAUAUUGCCUGGAUAAGUAUGUUAAGUAAAGAAAACAAGUUAUAAAAAUGCUUUUUGAAUGA